AUGUCCCUCAAACGCAAGGCUUCUUUUUCGUCAUAUCAACCCGAGAUUUGCUCUCGACCCGUGGAUAAUACGCCACAACAUCUCAGUAGCCGGACACGGAAGCGGUUCCGCGACAACCGGCCUAACGAACAGACUGUUUAUGAAAAAACGUUACGAAUUCUUUACGACGCCCAGAAAAGACCAAUGUCUUCGAACCCAGAGGAACAAAUGGCGCUCACUCCGCCUCCCUGCGACCCAGAGGCUCUCGACCCGCGCCAGCAGACCUUGCGCAAGUUCUUUCAGCCUAUACCAGCGCAAUCAUCAUCAAUGGAUAUUAGUGGCAUGAUGCAGGAGAAUAGAUCUAAUGGACCAAACGGCCAAUUCAGCACAUUCCAAAGCCAAGACCCCGAGUACAAUCAGAGCGGGCCCAGCAGUGGCUCAUCGACUCCUCUUUCCGCAGGGUCGGAAACGGACAUGAACAUGAACAACACAAACACAGGGUUCCAGACACAGGGAAAAUGGAUUGGCGGGAUCGGCUGGGUGUAA